AUGUUCCGGACUCUUCUGCCCCGGGCCACGCCGCGGGCUGCCCUCCGCACGGCUCGUCCUACCCCCUCCAACUUCGUCGCUGCCCCUACUCUCGCUUUCCUCGGACGCUCGAAACGUGGCUACGCCUCUGAGUCGGGUGAGCACGAUGUUGUUAUCAUCGGUGGUGGUGUCGCUGGUUACGUUGCUGCCAUCAAGGCUGGCCAGGAAGGCCUGAAGACUGCCUGUAUCGAGAAGCGUGGCCGUCUCGGAGGCACCUGCUUGAACGUCGGCUGUAUUCCCUCGAAAUCUCUGCUCAACAACUCGCAUCUCUACCACCAGGUCCUCCACGACACGAAAAAGCGCGGUAUCGAGGUCGGUGAUGUCAAGUUGAACCUCGAGCAGAUGAUGAAGGCCAAGGACUCCUCCGUCGACGGCCUCACCAAGGGUAUCGAGUACCUGCUCAAGAAGAACAACGUCGACUACGUCAAGGGUACCGGUGCGCUGGUCGACUCCAACACCGUCAAGGUCAACCUGCUCGAGGGUGGUGAGCAGACCCUCCGCGGAAAGAACAUCCUCAUCGCCACCGGCAGUGAGGCCACUCCUUUCCCCGGCCUGAACAUCGACGAGAAGCGCAUCAUCACCAGCACCGGCGCUCUCGCCCUGCAGGAGGUCCCCAAGAAGAUGGUCGUCAUCGGUGGUGGUAUCAUCGGUCUGGAGAUGGCUUCCGUCUGGUCUCGUCUCGGAUCCGAAGUCACCGUCGUCGAAUUCCUCGGCCAGAUCGGUGGUCCCGGUAUGGAUGCCGACAUCGCCAAGCAGGCCCAGAAGAUCCUCGGCAAGCAGGGCAUCAAGUUCAAGACCGGCACCAAGGUCACCAAGGGUGACGACAGCGGCGCCACCGUCCAGCUCAACGUUGAGUCCGCCAAGGGCGGCAAGGAGGAGACCCUCGACGCCGACGUCGUCCUGGUCGCCAUCGGUCGCCGUCCCUUCACCGAGGGUCUGGGCCUGGAGAACGUUGGAAUCGAGAAGGACGACCGGGGCCGCCUCGUCGUCGACCAGGAGUACCGCACCAAGGUCUCCAACAUCCGCGUGAUCGGAGACUGCACCUUCGGACCCAUGCUGGCCCACAAGGCCGAGGAGGAGGCCGUUGCCGCCGUCGAGUACAUCAAGAAGGGCUACGGCCACGUCAACUACGCCGCCAUCCCCAGCGUCAUGUACACCCACCCCGAGGUCGCCUGGGUUGGCCAGAACGAGGCCGAGGUCAAGGCCGCCGGCGUCAAGUACCGCGUCGGUACCUUCCCCUUCAGCGCCAACUCCCGUGCUAAGACCAACCUCGACACCGAGGGUCAGGUCAAGUUCAUCGCCGACGCCGAGACCGACCGCAUUCUCGGAGUGCACAUCAUCGGCCCCAACGCCGGUGAGAUGAUCGCCGAGGCCACCCUGGCCGUUGAGUACGGUGCUUCCUGCGAGGACGUCGCCCGGACGUGCCACGCCCACCCUACUCUGUCCGAGGCCUUCAAGGAGGCCGCCAUGGCCACCUACUCCAAGGCCAUCCACUUCUAA